AUGCGAGACCGAAAUCUCGUGGGUGAACCAGUUGUCGCGGCGACGAAGAAGAAAAAGAAGAAAAAGAGACACCUGGAGUCGGGUCGAUACAAACGGAGCCCGAGCUGGUUCCGGAUAAAGACAAGAUCGGCCUAUAACCAGCUGGACUGGACGGCCUCGCGAGUUUUCGUUGUAAGGCCGGGAGUUGUGGGGGUCACCACGGGGGCGGGGGUGGGUUUGCCCCUGCUUCUUCUGGUCGUCGGUGUUCUUGGUAAUCAAGCGUGCACGACGACGGCUGCGCCGGUGGUUUCCGAUCCGCACGUGUCCCUCGAUGCUACGCCUCCUCGUCUUCUGCCUCGAUCAACGGACCGUUCAUCGUCGUCGUCGUCAUCAUCAUCAAUAUUGUCAUCAUCGUCGUUCCCGUCUUCCUUUCGAAGAGCCAUUUACAAGGGUCGAUUUUCCAAUCACCAUCCGGAGAAGCCAACCUACGAGAGCGCCACGAAGGGAGAACUGGAUUAUCACGAGGUAUCGUUGCUACCGGGCGAACGAGAAGACCCGAACGGUCUCGACGGGGAUCGGUUGCUCUCUGCCUGGGAACGAACGAGAAUCGAUACCAUCGGAAGGAAGGAUCCUUCUUCCCCUGUAGCGGCAGGCGGAAGAGGAGGCGAAGGAAGCGAAGGAGGCGAAAAAGGAGGAAGAGGAGGAGGAGGUCUGGCUCACGAGAGGACCAAGUCGAGACGGCGACAGGUCGCCGCAGUGAGCCUGCUCGAUGAUCGAGGAUCAUCCUCUUUAAGCCCUGUCGAACCAUACCAAUUGGCUACGAGAUUUUUUCGUCCUCGUAACACGGAACCAUCUUCGAUCCAUAUCGACGGAGUCGAGCCAGAAAUUCGUCGAGGCGGUAUUAUCUUUACCGCGAGCGAAACAACUGACAGUGACUCAACGUUAUCAUCGUUGGCUUUCGAGGACGCUGUCGGUGAUACCUUAUCGAACGAAAAUCGUUCGACGACCACGGGAACAACAACAACAACGACAACGACGACGACGACGACGACAACGACGACGACGACGACAACGACGACGACGACGACGACGACGACGAAGACGACGACGUUAACAAGAAGAACAGCAAAAACGGCGACUACGGUAACUACGGUACUACCAGUCCCUUGGACUAACACGUCGUUUCGUUUGGUUCAUCGAACUGUGCCUAGAUUAUCGGACGACGAAAGUGUAAAUUCGGGUAAAUCCGCUGGUAGACGCAACAGGAAGGCUAAAGACGAAGAAAAAGUGGUAGAGGUAGAUAUCUCGUCUCGUAAAGACGACAGGGAUAGGUUCGCGUUCGCGGGGGACCGUAGUAGUGGUGAGGUCAAAGGUGGUGGUGGUGGUGUCGUCGAGUGGACCACAACAGUCGCCAGGCCGAUGUCAGCGUGGUCGUAUCCUGAAGAUGAGGAGUCGGGAGCUGGAAACGUAAGGACACGCUCGAGGCCGAAAGAGGCGGCGAGCGAGGACAAGGAGGCCGAGAGUGGCGAAGAACAGGUCAAGGUCACGGUAACAGAAGCCAAAGGCUCAUCGUCUACGUCGACUACGGCAAGGACCACGAACACGUCGCCGACGACCACACAGUUACCACCACCGAGUCAAGAUACCUCUAUGGAAGCACUGAACGCGAGUAGCUACAUAGUGUCAGUGGUGCUCGUCUUGGUAGUCGGGGCACUGGUGGGUGUCCUGGCGACGGUAUCUCAUCAUCUUCAUCAUCGUCGACUGCUACUGCACGAGCCAGCCUCCGCCUCGAUCUUGCAUCACCAUCGGCAACAUCAUCACCGCCAUCACCAUCAUCAUCGUGAGGAACUCCCAGCGUCGCAUCAACGACGUCUCCUUCUGCAGGACCACCACCGUCACCCUGGCACACCGAUGCUGUCGGUGAGCCCAGGAAUGGAGGUAGGCAACAGCGGUCAUGGUGGCCUCGGCGAUGAACUAGAGGGUGAGCCAAACUGUGGUGGUGACGUGAUGGGCGGAGGCGGCGGCGGCGGCGAAGGAGCCACUGACGGGAUACAGGAAGCGAUGGUCGCCGCAGCGAGAGACCGGGCGAUCCGAUCUGGAAGUGUUCGGCAGGACCUCGCCCUCGACCUACCCCCGCGGCUGCAACUUCCAGAUGGCGAGGAACGUCCUUACGGAGCACAUACCGCCCUUCACCUACGCGACCCGGAGCAGGAGAGCGAGAUUUACCAGAAGUGUGUGCGACCACCACCAAACCGGACGGUGUUCGACAGCGAGAGCCCUCCGCCUUACCGAAGCCAGUCCGCGUUGCUGGACGCGCCGGAUCGUAUAGUUCGGUGCCACAGCGCCGGCAGUUCCUUGUUGAGGGUGUUCCGGAAGUUCCCUAGUCCUGGGAGCUCGACGCCUGCCGUAGUGGUGCCGCCGCCGCCCAGACGACCUACCUUGUCCAGUUAUUCCGAAUCUAGUAGCAACUUGAGCAACCUGUCCAGCCUAACGAUGGUUCCCUGCGAAACCGACGAGAGUCAGCAACAAGAACAACAACAACAGCAGAAACAGCGCGUCUGAUCCGAGGCACGGCCAAGAAGAAGAGCGCUUGAGGUCACGCAGCAAACAAGCCCAACGACGUCGAAUAGCAGCGAAUUCCUCGAGGUCGACGGACGACGAAGGAUCUCGUGGAAGAGGCGACGAGCCAUUCCAAAAAUCGUGGCGGGACAACGAGAAGAAAAGACAGAGGAACGGGUCGACGACAUACGGCACAAGGACGCUGCUGUUGCCUCUGACACUGCCAGCAAGGUCGUCGUACUUGUUCUGCCCUCCUCGAGAAUUCUCGACCCGUCGAGGAUCCCUCAAGACUGACUCGCAGGAGAAACGUUCGUACGGGUUCGGCCAGCUGACGAAUACGUCUACCACGUUGUUACUACGGUCGUGGAUCGGCUGCGCGGAGAAUCUCGCCGACAGAUAAAAAACGCUACCACCUGAGAGAGGAGAAGAGAAGACGAAGAGAAGAAUUUCAUACAACGAUUCUCCUCCUGCAACAUCCUACUUGUACCACCACCGCCGCAGCUGUAGAUCCUCCUUUGGACUGCACAGCUUUGGAUGGUCCUUCAGCAUGGUUUUUUUUUUUGGAACAGCGUCCUCGCCCGGAGGCUGAUGAAGAUGAAGAGAGAGAAAGAAGGAGAGAGGAAGAGUGCUGCUUUCGUGGGUCUGUUCCCUUCGGUGCUUCCGGUGCUCGAUACCUUGCGAUACAUCGGCCAGUCUCUAGCCUAGAUCUCAGACGAUUCCAAAGUUAUUUAGAGACAAGGUUAGUUUAUUAACGCAGCUAAUGAGAUUGGAUAAGGGUGAAUUGAGGGUGGGCCGUUGAGGCACCAAACGAAUCGGAUCGAAAACGAAUCAGUCGAGGCGUGUACGGAAGCAAGGAACACGGAUAAGAAUGGAAGUAAAAAGGGACGAUAGAAAAAUACUAAGUGAGGCCUAUGAAGAAUUUAAGAGGAGAAUAGACGCAAAGGUACGAUCCGUAAAGCAGCACCAGCCACAAGUAACGCAGAGAGUGACAGGUUUUGUUCCUGGGGGGGAAAACACGAGACACCAUGAAGCAAUGUACGCGAUAGGAAGCUGGCCAUGGAAAAUACACGAUGUAGCAAUCAUAAGCCGACAGAGUUUGCUGCCCGUUUGCUGCCGACCCAAGACGCGACACCACAGACCAACGGGACGAUAUUUCUCAUCAUCGAGUUUCGUUUCGCUGCGAAAAAGACUUAGUAAAUUAUUUAUUGGCGAUAAUUCGCGAUGGAGCGUGUCUUUGUAGAGAGAGAGAGAGAGAGAGAGAGAGAGAGAGAGAGAGAGAGAGAGAGAGAGGCACACGACGAAGCGGAGAAAACGUGGAGAAGCGGACAACGCCGCGACACACGCUAGAAUAAAAUGAAUGUAUCCGCGUGUGAAUGAUUCGCGUCAAUUGUUUGCGUUCUGUGUAUGUAUGUAUGUAUGACGUAUGUAUGUAUGUAUGUAUGUAUGCGUGUGUAUGUGUGUAUGCGCGCGCGCCCGUGCAUGAAAAUACGCGGAGCACGUAUCCGUGUGAAAAACGGGUCCAGAAGUGAGAAGAAAUGGAGAAAGACAGAGAAUCGAAGCAAGGGAGGAAGAGCGUGGUAAUAUCAUUGAGAGGAACGCGUGACGCGAAGAGCGAGAAGGAAAGGGAUUUUCUGAAUGACUGAUGCGGCGCGAUUCUAUGGAAGGCUGUGUGUAAAUGAGAAAUGAGGAAAAAAAGAAAGAAACGAAUGAAAGGAAACCAGAGAGAGGAAAAGUAGUGCCAAGAGCGUUAAUAAAAAAAAAAAAAACAAAAAGAUGAUGAUGAUGAUGAAGAAGAAACUUUGUAAAUAUUAGGUUAGGUAGUUCAAUAUCGAUAUAAUUAUUACGACUAAAAAUGAUAUGCUCUAUAUACUUGAUUAAAAAGUAAUAAACCUUCACACCACGCAUAAACACGAGUUAGACGGGCCGUACGAAAUCGCUAUGGGACACGCGUUACGCUUUUCGACAAGGCCUCUGUGACAUUUCUUCUGGAUGCGAAAGAACAAAAGAAAGAAAGAAAAACAAACAAAGAAACGAAACGAAACAUUGACAAAAAAGGAGAAAAUCGCUCUCGAGCGUCACGAUCGAUCCUUCGAUUUCUUUGAUCGGCAAACAAAUGAAUAGAGAGGGCGAAAAGAAAAUGAUAAAGUACUAUACGUCUCUUUAUAUCAUGGUUGGCCAUCGAAUUCGUCGAUUAUCCAAUUUCUUUCUUUUUUCUCUCCGUACAGGAAGAGGGAAUAGAACGCUUGAUCGAAGCUUUCGGGAUAUUUUUGAAAGAACAGAUCGGUAUUCACGUUUUAGUGAUUGGUAACGAGUGGAAGAUGAAAGAAUUGAAAUGGGAUGAUCGCGAAUCGUGGACAAAGAGGUUGUAAAGAGAUAAAAAUUAGAAGAGAGAUCGAAGGGAGCGUCGCGAUGCUCGAAGAAUGUACUGCUACCGCGUCUCGCCGUGUUUCGAAUGGCUCGCACGAUAUAAACGCUACUUUAUUAUUAUUCAGAUAGAUAAGGCUUCAGUUUUUCGAAAGAAAAGAAGAAAUGAAAAUAGGACGAGAUCUGCCUUGACGACGAACCGAGAGUCGACGACCGGCUUCGUUUCCCCGUUUUCUUUCAACUGCCACGAAAAAAAAAAAAAAUAGAAAAAACAAUAAAAGUUUCCAUUUAGAUCGCCGUGGAGAUUGCCUCGAAAGAACGGUUAGGAUUUACGGUAACUUGUUUAGAUUUAGAUAUGCCUAAUGGUGCGUUAGGUGUAUCGUUAGACGAUUAACUAUUAACCUAUUAACCGGGGAAGACAAGGAAAGUUCACUCGUCAUUCAGAUUGCAAAUUUUUUGGAUAAAAUAACUCGUCUAUUUAGAUAUUAUCCUGCACGUGUCGUAUCAUUUUUAUUAAAAGUACGUUAUAGGAGAGAGAUGAAAAUCUGAGUAUGUUUUUAUCGAACAUUUUAUUUUAAUAUUUUAAUAUUUUAAUAUUUUAAUAUAACAUAGAUGAACAUGAAGAGACUAAACAUCUUUAAAAUAGGUAAUAGAUUGAUCGAGUUUUGUGAAAUACCAAAGGUAUAUCUAAUUAUUUAAAAAGCAAUAUCGUAAUGUAUUCGAUAGUUUGAUAUUACGGAAAGAAAUACAUUUUAAAUUAAUUGAAUAAGAAAAUUGGGAAAAAGACACACGUCCGACAUUUAAUAAAAAAAUCUGAGACUUUAAUAAAAAAAAUCGUUUCGACUGAUUCGACAAUUUUACCGCUGGAAUCAAAUAGCAAGACUAGCUCGUGAAAUUAUUUGAUAAAUUGACGAACGAGAACCGACUAAAAAUCGAUCAAAAUCAAAUAUUCUUUCCCAAAUUGUUACGAAUAAUUUCAUAGUAGACUAAUAAACUUCUACACAUUCGAAUAUCAGACCUAGGCCUUUUUUUCCUAUUCCAAAUAUUUUCCACCUACUGAAUUUCGAAACUGCCCCCCUGUACAGAAAAUGAAAAAUGCUGACUUAUCGCACUCCUCCUCUGUAAUGUUCAUUUGCAACGACUAAAAUCCUUCGAAAUUCGAAGAUGAAUUUCAUUUCGACUAAUAAUAACCCAAUUGAACUUAUAUUCAGCCUUUAAACUCGUUUUAAUUGGAAGGAUUUCAUCGAUAAAUAAUUUGAUUUUCCGCGAAAAAAUUCCUAACUUCUUACCAAUUGUAAGAUAAAUGUUUCUUAGAGAUCGAAGAGAAACAAUAAACAUUUCGAAUUUUGUGAGUCGUGAGAUCUCAGUUUUUACAAUUUUUCGAAGUUUUAACGCCCAAACCGAAUUCAUUCGAGUUUCGCUGUCCCAUUUCAAACGUCAGAUUUUGACUCGCCUCUAACUAAGAUCCACCCGAACGAAAUCGACGCAUUUUUAUUAAUUUUUCGUUUUUCGAUUAAGCAAGUUUCUAAUUAAUGGAGAACCCGGUUAACAGGUUAAUUGGGCGUGCCGUGGAGCACGCCAUCGACACAGUGUUCCUGAGAUCCUUUUUCUCGAAAAAAGGCGGAAAGUUUGGUAAAGGGAAAAAGAGAAAGAGAGGGGGGAAGAAAAAGAAAGAAAGAAAGAAAAUUAUUUUCUAUGCUCCCGGAUACCUGCACGUACCAAAUAGAUUUCUAUCGAUUUUGAAACUCAGUAUCGAAAUGAUUUUUUACUCGAUAGCCAUGACAUUGUUAAUUUAAGAUAGACUUUCGUAAUCGUUAUAAUCGCUAAGACGAAAGUGACAUGGAAGCUUUAAGUGAGAGAGAGAGUGAAAUGGUAUGGCGAAUUUAGUGUUUUCCUACGAUCGAAAGAGACUCACGAGCGUAAUUUUUUACACACUUUGAUAUUUUUCUCGAAAUAAAGGGACAAAAGGGAAUACGUAAAGAAAAAAAAAAGUAAAGUAUGAAAGAAAAUAAUAGUAUUUUUAUUGAAAUUAUCUUUCAAACGUAGACAAUUACGCAUCAGCUAACGCUAAUUUUCUCUUAUAAAAUAACGAUUCACCAGAAAGGCCUUCGACACCUCGACAAAGUACAAUCUUCUUACCAAAUACAAAAGUACAGAACCACCACGGCAAUCUGAUAGAAAUAAAAGCUAUAUUCGAAACUGAAAUUGUACGCGCGUGCAAUUUCAGUGCAUAAUAAUAAACUGAAUGGUUUCUCCAAGGAAAGGAGGAAUGAAAAAUGUAUAUUUGUAAAGGGAAUUUGUUAAACACGAUAUUUGGCGUGUAGACGAGCAAAAUGGCGGUAUCGACUUCGGUUCUCGACCUCGGGACAGAGCGAAACUACUCAAGUAUCUCAUGAGAAGUCACCAAUUAUUGUAAUCAUUUAAAAAGAGAAAGAAAAGAAAAACCGUUUCGACGAAGGGGUAACAUUGCAAACGAAUCAUCGACAGCUCUUUCCUUUCGAUUCUCGGCUCACGCAGGACACGAGUCUCCUUUCUAAACUUUCCAAAUUUCUGAAACCGUUAUCUCAAGAAAAUUCGUCCAUUUUAUUCCCUGCAUACUCGUUACUUCGAAUAUUCUAUGUAAAACCCUCUAUUUAUUAAUAUUAUCUAUCUGUGUUAAUUAUAUUUCAUGUAUUUUUCAAACAUCGAGAUUGAAACGAACGUUCGAACGAUCCCGUCUCACGUGAAAUGAGAAUUGAAGAAAAGAAGCGAAUAACGAAACGAAAAAGAAACACCGUAGAAGAGGCACGUUUUAGGCGUCGAAUAUGUAUAGGUAAGCGUUGAAAAAAAAGCAAGCGAAGAAAAAGCGAAAAAGAAUGGAAAUGCCGAUGAAAGAAGCGUACACAGUCGGUCGGUCCUGUGUGUGCACACGUACGAGAGAUCGUUCUGCAUGUACGUGUGCUCACAGACGAAAUCAGAAGUUGUUUGGAGAGAACCAAAAAACAAUGCCCGGGUAGUUUUACACACGACACUCGUGGUUUUUAAACCGCGAACAGACGCAAGCUUUUUUCCAUCGUUAACGAAAAAAAAAGAAAAGAUUAAAAAAAUAAAAAGAAAAAUGUGUUCACGCGCAUGCAAUAUUAGGUGAUGAAGAUUAAUCGUAUUUCUCUAUGUAAAGAAAGAAAGAAAGAUGAAACGUUAUUCGAAAAAAAAAAAAAAAAAAAGGAAGAGAACGAGCGCGAAAGAGUGAGAGCGUGAAGUCGAAGGGAAGAGAAAGAAGUAGGAACGAGAAAGAGGUAAUCGAGAGACACGCGAAGAACGAACAACAGCGGACUAACGAGAGAAUAUACGGUCCCUCGCGAUUGAACGAGAGAGCAAUCGACGAGAAGACGCGACAGAAUGAUUGUACGUGUGCCUGAGUGUGCGUGCAUGGACGUGUGAACAAGAGAAAGAGAAGCAGAGCGUGCAAGAAAUGGGAAAGGUACGAAAAGGUAUGACUAAAUCCAAAAAAAAAAAAAAGGGUCUUGUGCAACUCUCGGUUAAAUUAAAACGAUUAGAAAAUAUUAAAAAAAAAAAAAGAAAAAGAAAAAAAUAAUUGAGAGAGAAUAUUGUUAUUGAAUUAGAUCGAAUUUUUUAAGGGCCGUCGACGAAGCGGAGUUUUAGAUUAAAAAACGUUUAGGCGAAUUUGUGAUUUUUUGAUUUACGCGAAAGUAAGAAAGGAAGUUUGAUUAAUUGAACUUUAGCAUUCUUAAUAAUUAAUUCGAGGUGUGUGUAUCGUGGUGUCUUUUUAACCCAUUAAGCGUGAAAAUUGUAUUGACGAAACAUUUCAUUUGCAAUUUCUUUCCAUCAGUUUAUAUUAUCGCAAAUUCUUUUUAAUAUUAAUACCUUUCAACAUGUUUAACGCCAAUGUUUCGUAACAUUUGCGAUAUUAAUAUUUCGCCGACAUUAUCUUUUAUUUCGAUUUGAUCGUUUCGAAGGAAUACAGAAGAUUAACAAACAAAAAUACGUUCGUCUUUAAUUUUAUAAAAAAAGAAAAAAAAAAAACAAGCGAUUGUUCGAUGCUCAAUGGGUUAAUAAUUCGUUAUGGGACGCUCGAGCUUUCAUUAGGCGAUCCAGCUGGAGCGACGAGAUCGAUCUAUCGUGGCCUUUCGCUGAAAAUCACCGGCAAUUAGGCUGUGUGGAACGACGACGGGCUAGCUAUCUUGUCGAUAUUGAAAAAGACGAAGGAAACGUUUUCCAUUUGCGCAGAUUGCUUUCUGGCAGCGUACUUUCGACAGAUUAGCUCGCUGGAUCGAUAAUCGAUACUCUGACGUUCACAGCAGCUAUUUAAUCGAAAAGUUACGGCUAUGGAUCGGUAAUAUCCUGAAAAAAAUCAUGGUCGUAUCUUCUUGAUAAUAAAUCGGUUAGAAUCAAUUAUACUUUAGGAAAAAUUUAGACGAAGAAUCUAUCUACAGUGGCUCAGGAAAGUAUUCGGAAACUUUCGUGUGUUAUAUUAUAUUUGUUACGUGAAACAUUUUCAAGUUCCAUUGACGCUGCAGCGUUGUAUAACUUUCAUAAAGGAAAGUCUAGUAAUAAUUGUUAUAAACGACAUUUAUUUCGCUUGUGAGAGUGAAACUGGUGUUCCAUCGUUUUAACUUUGAAAAUCGGCCACGUGUCUUAGGACAAUCUUACGUAAAUAUGGACAAAAUUCGUGAUCUGUAAUUCGUGAAACAGAAAGUUCAUCGAUACAAUGGUCUAAAGUUUUGAAUAUUCCAUAAUCGACUGUCAGCUGAUAUUUAGAAAAGAUCUUUCUAUUCUUUCAUUUUAUCGCCAUUCGUAAUUCUAUUUUAACUGUUUCACAUUGUAUGAACUAUUUGUACUCUUGAGACACGUUCAUACAAUCUCAUUCACUCAUAAUUUCCAUUCUCACGCAAUCACAGACUCAUCACACUCGUCCUCCUAUACUACGUUCAUACAUUGAUAUAUAGGUUUAUAAGUAUAUGAUAUAAAUACUUAAAAAAUGAUGUGUGGCACCAACUUAUUGGACGAUUUAUAUGAUAUGAUGUUUAAAGAUCGUAAAAGGUUUCUAUAAGUGUUCAAAUAUAUGUAUAUAUAUACAUAUACAUACUUUCAUGAGCCACUCUAUGUACUGAUUAGUCGCUGCUUAGAAAAGAAAUAAGGAAAUUUUCUUAAAGAAGGAAAAAAUCUUAUACGAAAGAAACUAUUUUUGAGCGUCAAAGCGAACGAAAGCCCGUUCGUCUUCUCCUCACCGUCUCCGUGUACGUCUUCACGGAAGUUCAGGUUGAUCGACCAAACGAUAUCGCGCGUGUCCCAAAUUGAAUAUGUAUUUGAGCCAAGUUCUUCGUCAACCUGGCCGCUUCCGGUCCAUCUAGUCAUGCUAAGCCAUGCGCGUCCUGUCGGACGAUGAAAUCGAUCUGUCGUCGUUUCAUCGAUUUUUUCCCGAAAAAUGGCGGGGAAUCCAUUUUACGUAGGCGCGAUUUGUGAUUAAACGAUGUGUUCGGAAAUUCUCGGACGAUCCACGUCCGUCAUUUUCUCUAGCGCGAGAAUUAUACAUAUUAUCGAAAUUCGACGUUAGAUUAUCGGUUAUUUCCUCGAAGAUGUAAUUAUUGUCGUAUUGUCGAUAAGAUUGGUGUGUCUAGUCUUAAAUACCACGGCGAGAAAUUUUGAGAUAUAGAUCGAUAUGGCGUCUCGGUGCUCCAUCUUGUCCUGUUUUCAUUGUUUCUGUGUUUCACAAUUCUAUGAAACAUCGAGACAGCCAUUCCAUGUUUUUGAUCCGUGUCUCACACCGUGGUAUAUAAUAAAUUAUGUCUUCUUCCUCUUUUUUCAUUUGUUUACGUUAUUAGGUAAUCAAAGUAAAAAAGAAAAAAAAUAUAAUAGAUCGAGAUACGGGAGAGUUAUAUUAUAAAUAAAUGCACACAGACCCGCAGACUGAUAUGGAUGCAAAUCUGAGAAUCAAAAUUUUCGACCGUCUCGUGGUUUCUCGGGGACGCAGUGUCUUAUAGGGCGGAUCUUUUGGUACUCGUUAGAAAUCGAGUGAACGGAGGUUUAUGGUCCUGAAUAGAGAGAAUUUAAAGAUCAUGGGUUGGAAAAAUUAAAUAUCUUUGGUAGGAACAAAGGUACCAAAAGAAAAGGAGAUGCGUGCGUGCGUGCGUGCGUGCGUGUAAAGAGAGAAUGGAAACACGUGCAACUGGAAGAUUAAGGAACUAAUUAAAAAAAAAAAAGACGUAACAGGAAAAAAAGAACCACACUAGCCAACGUAUGUCAUUUGAAUCGAAUAAUCAUCGUUUCGUUGUCGUGAUGUACGAGCAGGAGAGAGAGAGAGAAAAAGAAAAUAUGCGAGUGGGAAAUUGGAGAAUCUUUUUUCAAGGUAAUCGAUCGAUGUUGUAGAAACAGUGUCAUUUAAAGUAGUAGAUCGCUUCUACCAAAAAAAAAAAAAUAAAUGAAUAAAUAAAUAAAAAUAAGAGUAAAGUAAAAAUAACAUAAAAUAAAAACGAGUCAUCUCGAAGAAAAAAGUAUGAAAAACGGUUUACGUAAUUCGAAAGUCGCGCCAGCCGCGUUGUAGAGAACGCUCGAAGCGGCGCGAGAUUCGAAAUCGACGCGCGAAGCAUCCGCCUUCACGCUCCUUGUCCCUUCUUACGCUCCAUUUUUCUCUUCUUUUUUUCUUUUUCUCUGCUUUCGUUAUUUUUAUUAAUUGUCUCGAUCACGCGUCGAAUCUCGCGUUUCCUUCUAACGUGUCUCCGACUCGCGAGCAAAAUAAACGAUUUUUUAUACAGUAGAAUUAUACCAAUUGUACCACAUAGGAAAGAAAAAAAAAAUAAUGAUGUUCGUUGUUCACUGCUCUGGCUUGCUAGUAACAGCAAAACUCAAUAACCCGGGCCUCUCGGAGGCUGUUCGGACCAGGAGCGGCGCGAAAAUUAGAAAAUGAAACUAAAAGACUGUUGACCAAUAACGAGCGUAAUUCACUUGGAAGAACUUGCUCCGGACAGUCCCCUUCGUGCCCCCUGUAUGAAUCGGCAACAUUUCAACAUUGCAAGAUUAUUGGUGUACUUAUCACGCAGUUUUCUACAAAAUAAAGAAAACAAUUUUGAAAAAAAA